GUCCUUCACUCCUCCAUUGUCUGCCGCCGCCACCAGCGCCGCCGCCGCCGCCGCAGGACUCGCCGCAGCCUCCAGCCUCGCGCGUCGUCGCUCCCUCCUCGGACAGAAAUUUUAUGAAUAAGCAUCAGAAGCCAGUGCUAACAGGCCAGCGGUUCAAAACUCGGAAAAGGGAUGAAAAAGAGAAAUUCGAACCCACAGUCUUCAGGGAUACACUUGUCCAGGGGCUUAAUGAAGCUGGUGAUGACCUUGAAGCUGUAGCCAAAUUCUUGGAUUCAACAGGCUCAAGAUUAGAUUAUCGUCGCUAUGCAGACACACUCUUUGACAUCCUGGUGGCUGGCAGUAUGCUUGCCCCUGGAGGGACACGCAUAGAUGAUGGUGACAAGACCAAGAUGACCAACCACUGUGUGUUUUCAGCAAACGAAGAUCAUGAAACCAUCCGCAACUAUGCUCAGGUCUUCAAUAAGCUCAUCAGGAGAUACAAGUAUUUGGAAAAGGCAUUUGAAGAUGAAAUGAAGAAGCUUCUCCUCUUCCUUAAAGCCUUUUCUGAAACAGAGCAGACAAAGUUGGCCAUGCUGUCUGGGAUCCUGUUGGGCAAUGGUACCCUUCCAGCCACCAUCCUCACCAGUCUCUUCACUGACAGCUUAGUCAAAGAAGGCAUUGCAGCCUCAUUUGCUGUCAAGCUUUUCAAAGCCUGGAUGGCAGAAAAAGAUGCCAAUUCUGUUACCUCUUCCUUGAGAAAAGCCAACUUAGACAAGAGGCUGCUUGAACUCUUUCCAGUGAACAGACAGAGUGUGGAUCAUUUUGCUAAGUACUUCACUGAUGCAGGGCUGAAGGAGCUGUCAGACUUCCUCCGAGUGCAGCAGUCCCUGGGCACCAGGAAGGAACUGCAGAAGGAACUUCAAGAGCGACUGUCUCAGGAAUGCCCAAUCAAGGAGGUGGUGCUUUAUGUCAAAGAAGAAAUGAAAAGGAAUGAUCUUCCUGAAACAGCAGUGAUCGGGCUUCUGUGGACCUGUAUAAUGAAUGCUGUUGAAUGGAACAAGAAGGAGGAACUUGUUGCAGAACAAGCUCUUAAGCACCUGAAGCAAUAUGCUCCCCUGCUCGCUGUGUUCAGCUCCCAAGGCCAGUCAGAGCUGAUCCUCCUGCAGAAGGUUCAGGAAUACUGCUAUGACAAUAUCCACUUCAUGAAAGCCUUCCAGAAGAUCGUGGUUCUCUUUUAUAAAGCUGAUGUUCUGAGCGAAGAAGCCAUAUUGAAGUGGUACAAAGAAGCCCACGUUGCCAAGGGCAAAAGUGUCUUUCUUGACCAGAUGAAGAAAUUUGUGGAGUGGCUGCAAAAUGCAGAAGAAGAAUCUGAAUCGGACGGUGAGGAAAACUAAGUCACAGGAAGCACAACGCCUCACACGGCAGAGCUGAAGCCCCUGGGGAUGAGAAACUUGGCUUCUGUCUUCACAAAGGAAAUAAACAUAGGCUAGGCCACCCUGUGCACUGGGGAAAUGGUUUUCAUUUUCGUUUUGUUUUUAAAUGGAGCCCUGAGGCAUCAGCUAAUACACUUGGGACUCUACCUCUCACUGUAUGCUAACUAAAGCCAUUCAACAAGGGGUCAAGUAGGAACCUGAAGUUAAACACUCAGCUGACUCCUUUUUUUAGCCGUAUUUCCAGGUACUGUGUGGUGAUCGCCCCACUGGUGUCUGUAUUACAGGGCCACUUUGGUAGUUGUGUUUCUGCUCGUGUAUGUGAUUUGACAAAACCAGUUUUUUAAAAUAAAUGGCUUUUCAAAAAUCGUU